GCGUUUUUUUACAUUUAUCAAGUGGAGUGUCGUAACUUGUUUGUGCCAAGGAUAACGCUCCCGAGUUACCCUUUGAAGUCUCACACGAAGCUAGGAGCCCAAACAAAAGAAUGAUGUCUUGACAGUCACCCUUCACUGCGACCAUUUCCGAUGAGGCUUCGGUGAACAGCAGAUGAUCAACUAAGGGUCAAUUGCAUCUCUCAGGCCAGUGACACCACCCCUCACCUACAAAUAAAACUAUCCACAGACGUUUCCAUCACUUCACCAUGGAUCACAUCAGAGUUGGCAUCCUUGCUAUCUUUUUGCAGUGUUUUAUCACAAAGAGCGCAUUUUCCAUUCAGAAACGAGAAUGGAUUCAAACUUCAGCAGCAAGAUUAACAGAAGAAGAUGUGGUUUGCUUUCCUGAAUACAUGGAGAUGUGGAUGCACAGUGCAAGAAUUGAGGAGUUCAGGGUCCUGCUGUCGAGGGCGCUAAGUAUCCAAGCCAACCUUGCAUCUCUGGAUCACCUGAAUCUCCAGCUGUCUGCUUGUGGAUUCUCACUGCAAAACGACUUCGACAAUAACUACGUUUUUAGAGUCAGCUACACCGGGUGUUUUGUUCGGCAGCAGAAUGGCUUUAAUGUCUUAACAUUAAAUUUGGUGCGGAGGAUGAAUCGAUUUGGAAGCCAGCCUCACAGUUUCACAAUGAAGUGCCCUGUGAUGUCUGUGGUGCAAAGCAGGGAGCAAAUCCACUGUGACCCUGAAUAUGUUCAGGUGAUAAGAGAAAUUCCCUAUGGAAACUGGGAUAAUGAGCUGCAGUGGUUGCUGUGUCUGGACGAUCACCUCCUUGUAGCUCUGGAGGAUGCCAGCUUGAUUCAGAUGAACAUUGAUGUGAAUGUAAAAGACAUAAGAGUUCAGGGCAGGAGGAGGGAGAUCUUAAGGCCUGUCAAAAUAAUGGAAAAUGAAGGGGAAUUUUUGGCUUUGAAGCUGGUCAGAGACAGAUAUGCCUACAGUAUGGAAGCAACAUGUCCAAAAGUGAACGCAUCCACGGCAGACAAGACUGUGCUGCGCAUCCUCAAACGCCGAAUAGGUUUGACCAGAAGAGGCACCUAUCACAAUGAAGCACUGACACUCAGUGACCUGUCAGUUAACCAGACAGAUACUUUCACAGUGCAUGAGACGAGUGAAUUUGUAACUCUGUCCAUUCCCACGGCCCAAAUACUCCAGACAAAACCCUGCACAGAUGACACCCGGCUCCUGCAGCCGUUCUACAGGGUGGAUGCUGUGCUCACCUUCAGAGAGACAAAUCACAAAAUGCACUGGACCAUGGAGAGCACGCUGCCAUGCAUAGCUGCACCUGAUAACACAUCAUCACAUGUCACAUCUUCUCCUGGCCCAAACAACAUAAGCCCGUCCACGCUCGACUCUACACGUGAGACUGUAACUACAGACGAGCCUUUGCCCGAACUCGUCACCAUCCCACAAGAAAACCUAAAAGAGAGAGAUUUGUUCAAGCCUGCAAAGUUUCCCACAACUAAUCUUCCUGACAUGCUGAGGGAGGGCCGCAGUUUUAAUAUCCACGCUGAUGAGAUAAUAAGGGAUGAUGUGUCUUCUUCAGUGUUGGAUAAUGGCACCAGUAUCGACAUUAACACAACUACAACUAGUUUCUUUGAUUUUCUACAUGCAGCUACAAAUGUUUCAGCAGAGUCAGACUUGCUUACGUCAGCAGCCACAGCCCAAACGCCACAUAUGUCUCUUACCACGCUGGCUCAGCCUGAUGAAGAGUACCAGGUACUCAACACAACCAGUAGGAAUGAACAACAGCAAAAGGAGAAAAAACUGCAGUGGAUUUGGUAGGAUUAGAUUUAUUUAUUUAGUUAAGUCAAAUUAUUCUUCAACUACUAUAUCUUAAUUACUUUAAGGCCUUUUUUUACUCCUUUUCCUUUUAAACCCAACUGGUACCACAUACAUCUGUUUGCAGUCAUGAAAGGUGACGCAGUGGUCAGUGAAGGCUGAUUAUACAGUGCAAGCAGAAUUACCAUCAGACCUCUGCCAGCUAUUGCCUCAGGGUGGACAUUAUCCAGACUCAGACAAAGGCAGGCGUUAAAUAAACACGUCUCUUUCCGAGCAGCAAAACAGGCUGAUGAAGAGAAGACCUUGUGUUAGCUGAUGCCACCUUUCAGAGCAACUUGAACUCAAAUCACAGAAAGUCAUAAUAAAAGCUCACGGAUUGCUUGUCAGCGGUCAUUCUAAGAUUCUUAGAUGUUAGAAUCAAUUUUAUGUGUUAAAAACUGUUUUCUUUUCAACAAUAGAUCAAAUUUAGCUUCUGAUUUACUGUAAUGUCAGCUGUAGCUGUCGCUCCCCUCGUUGCAGUACACUAAACCAACAGCAGAGGGCACUCUCCAACAUGUUUUCAGUAGACUCCUGAUGGGUCACAGCCUGCCUCCAGAUGCUCUUUUCCAAAUUAAGCAGUUUGACAUUUGUUUUUUUAAAAGUGAACCUAGAUUCAGUGCUAGUUGUUUUUUUGUGUGCACAAUUAAAUGAACUUUAUUCAUCAUAAGAUAACUCUUGAAAAUCCAAUAUGCAGUAUAGAAGGGGGGUUUAAAUUUAUUCAGUUGAGUGCUUUAAAUGUAACACCCAUACAGAAUUACUGGUAUAGAUCAAAAUAGCUGAAGAGGUUUCAUUUUUGUCCCACGGCUUUUUUUUUCUUCCACCUUUGUUAUUGUGACCUCCCGGUAUGCACCAAAGCGUCUCUAAAUGAUAACCGCGCGGUGUUGCGCAGUUACAUGCAUCAUAUACAACGGUCUGUGGGGCAGAAAAUCUAAACUUCCUUGUGCCUUUGGUUCCCAUCUGCUCAGUGAACUUAUGAGCAGGAAAUGGAAUAAGUGGUGCAAAAAGCAUGCCAACAUCCCCGGUUCUUUCAUGUGGCCUCUCUCGGCCAUUAGCCUAUCUGUAUCGACUGUUAACUGUCUUUACAAAGUUAAAAAUCCCUUUCAUGUUUCACUGUUUCUUUUUUGUUUUAAUUUCAGUCAGAGCAUAUGGUUUGCACAUCUGGGAUAUGCUAAGCGUGGUGGCACCCCCCCACCCCCU